AUGGCGGUAAACUUUGUAGAGAAGUUGAGAAAGUUUGGAGAGUUGUAAAACGUACAACUGUUUUCAUCUUUGUUUACCAAGUAACAUUAAUGAGCUGCUAAUCUUCUUUAUGAUAAAUUUGUCUCCUCACUGAAUCUCAGACAAUUGUUUUGAAGCUUCACCUAAGAUGGCAAGUUGCUCCAGCCCGCCCAAGAAGAGACCCAAACUGUCAUUGAAGUUCAUGAGGAAGGAGAAGCAGCCAAUAAAAGAUGAAAAAAGUGAUGAGUCGUGUAGUCAGAUGAGCAGUAAUGGGAGGACCAUGCACUCUGCCCCGUUUAGCCAGUCGAGUACAACAAACAGCAGCACCAUGGAUCCGAGUUCCUCGUCCAAUAAAGAGAGCCAGCUUGAGGUUGCACGCUCGCUUCCGCCCCCAUAUUCAGGUCUGCAGAACCUUGGUAAUACCUGCUACCUGAACAGUGUACUCCAAGCCCUUCGCUUCUGCCCUGGGUUCUGUCAGGGGUUGUGUCAGCUGACUGGGGUGUGGGAGAAGCUGAGGGAGGAACUAAGAGAAGAGAACGGGGCAGGCGAUCAUAUCGACAUGAAGGCAUGCGGGCGGGAAAUGCAGUUUGUCAUCAAUUUGAAGAAGCUGUAUGAUAAGAUGUCUGUCAGAGAGGAUGACUACAUUGCAGAUCCAACCACAGACACACUAAUGUCGCCCUCGCCUGAUGAAGUGCUGGAAACUAUCAGGGAUUUGAAUCCGAUGUUUCAAGGCUUCCUGCAGCAUGACUCUCAAGAGAUGCUGUGUUGUCUCCUAAGCUAUCUCCUUGAGGCCUGUCAGAAACUCAAGAAACAGUUCAAGAUGCAUCACAAAACGCCACGAGACAUCAAGACAGGCAAGCUUGGAGUGGAGUCCAGCAAGGAGAACAAGUCCAAGUGUGAAGUAAAGUCGCAAACUGAGACUCUAAACGGAAGUGUAAAGGACUCAGUUUCUGAAAGAGAACCAGAAAUGCAAGGGUCAAAUCCAGCUGGACUUGGUUCCCCUUUGAAUUGUACGUCACCUUCUAAUACUGCAAAUGGUUCUGGGAAUGUAAUAAAAGACUCUGCGACACUGGGAAACUCUGAUUGCCUUUCGACCAUGAAAAACAGUUUAAAGACACGGAAGUGUUUGUCGACACCAAGUAACGACUCCGUCGUUAGCGGCAAAUCAAAGACGCCACAGGCGAGCGACCAAACAAAUGGGAAUAUCCCAAAUGGGUGUGGCAGUCACAGUCAAUCGGAUGGUAUCAAGCCACUCAGAAACAAAAACAGCUCUGAUCUCAGUAACGGAAACGAAACCCCUCCCGCAAAUGGUAAGCAAAGCGGAACAUCGGCGAUGAAGAAAAGGCUGGGGAAGUUUCGCAUUCCUGCUAACCAGUCAACUCUCCAAAAUGCUUUUGCUCCACUGAAGAAAGGAAAUGUUCCACUCAACGUUGUUAAGACAGAUAUCAUAGAGGGCAUGAGUGAAACACACAUCAGUGACAAAGAAAAUGACCUCAAAUGCAGUGAGACGAACAAUUGGAGUGGCUCUGUCCAUGAGAUAAUCACCAACUCGACUUUGGACGAUACACCGCAAGGCAUAUUAUCACCCAACCUGAAUGGUGAAGGCGACAACAUGGGCUGCAUUGACACUCCCUCUGCUGAAUGCACAGCAGAGAGCUGCGACGUCGAGGAUGAUAUUAUUGUGAGAGAGCUGAGCUUGAUUCAAGGUUUGUUUCAAGGGGCCCUGGUGCUGAGGACACGCUGCAACGAGUGCGAGAGCUACACGGAGAGGAGAGAGGAAUUCCAAGAUAUCAGUCUUCCAGUGCGGUGUUUACAAAGAUCCACAGGGAUGGAGGAAGAUGAAGGUGUUCCAGAAAUCAUACCGGGUGACUUGUCGCUAAGCUGGGCCAUCUCAGAGUUUGCCUGCGUGGAGCGAUUGACAGACGAUAACAAGUACUUCUGUGAACAGUGCAGACACCAUGCGGAGGCGGAGCGGAGCAUGCUGUUUGGAGAGCUACCACCAGUCUUCACCAUUCAUCUCAAGAGAUUCAGUGCAUUUGCUGGAUUUUUAUCAGCAGACAGCACAGUGUCAAAGAUCAAUGACCACUUGGCCACUCCCCUUUCCCUGUGCCUGAGCCAGUGGUGUGCCAAACAAUGCAAGCAACUCCAAUGCAAGUACGACCUGUGCGCCGUCGUCAUGCACAGCGGCGUGUCCAGCUCCAGCGGUCAUUACAUCAGCUACGUCCAGAUCCCGCACCGGCCCCGGCGAUCUGGGGAGGAGGGAGAGGAAGACAGAGAGGCGGAUGAUCGUGGACAGCCACGCUGGGGCAAGUUUGACGAUGAGAAGGUUAGUAUUCUUACUCGGCAGGAACUGGCUUCGACUGUCCUCCAUCCUGUGUCCAGCUCCAGCAGUGCGGCAACGCCUUAUUUAUUAUUCUACAGGCAGGUGCAGGAAUCGGACUGAUUAAUUAUUAUGGCUGCAAUUGGUUUGCUUCACCUGGUUGACCCUGGUGUACGCAUCCAGGUGAGCACCUGACAUGAAUGAGCUAAUCGAACGCCAAAUCGACACCAAUCGUGGGACAGCUAGCCGGAAUUACUUACAUUGUGUGCAUUAUGUCCGUGGAUUCAUGAAAAGACUGUAAAACAAGGAUAAUUAACGGAUAAAAUACAUUCUCUAUAGUGACAUGCAAUGAUCUAUUUUUAUCUCAUGACUUCUUGGUAAUGUCUCAGUAACAGAAGAUAAUGCGAAGGGUCAAAGGAAGACCCGUGAUUGGCUGAGAGUUGUACAGGCCUUAAACUUCUCUCUUGAAGGGGCACAGCUAGUUCUCUCUGGUAAAGGUCACUUCUAUGAAGUAAACAGAAGUUUGUACAGGAACUUUGCACAGGGCACCAAGGCAAUAGACCGAUCCAUUAAGCUCCGCCCCAUUGCGUAUUGACCAAU